AUGAGGACCAAUGAGCUCGAGCCUCCGGGGCCUGACAGCAUCCGCGGAGCAGUGCUGUGCGGGGACCUGCCAGCCGCGCCGCUGGAGCACCUGGCCGCGCUCUUCUCCGAGGUUGUCAUCCCAGUCUUGGCCAAUGAGAAGAAUCACCUCAACUGGCCUCACGUGGUAUGUCAGGAUGUCCGGCGACACACCCACAGCCUCCAGUGUGACCUCCUGGUUAUCCUUGAGCAAGCGAAGGGGAAAACUUUGCUGCCUCUUCCAGUAGACUCAGAAAAAGUGGAGUUUGUGGAUUCUGAAAGUGAGACCAUCUUGGAGUCUACAGAUAAGUCGGUCAUCUAUGCCAUUGAGUCAGCAGUAAUCCAGUGGAGCCGCCAAGUCCAAGUGGUGCUCAAGAGAGAGUCUUCCCAGCCACUCCAACAGGGGGAGAAUCCCACCCCUGAGGUGGAGCUGGAGUUCUGGAAGAACAGAUGCCCCUGCUCUUUCGGCUGGAGCAUGGCCUCUGCGGAUGCCAUCCUGAGACAGGCCUUCUCUCUGUGUCCAUCUGAGGAUGGGUCAUCACGGUGUGACCUGUGUUUCCUGAUGUUCACCUGGACUCGCUCUUCUCCACUGUGUUGCAGGUCUGAGGAUCUGGAAUACAUUUAUAAUCAACUGAGAACGAUAAAGGUCAAGGGCAUAGCUGGGCUUCUGGACAAGCUUCAGAGCAGCUACUUCCCAGCUUUCCAAGCCAUGUUCAGAGAUGUUGUAGCAGCUCUGACAGAGGCACAGGACAUCCAUGCACACCUGGUGCCGCUGCACCGCCACCUGGAAACCCUCGAGAGCCUGGAGUUUCCCGAGGUGAAGCCACGACUGCAGCCUCUGCUCCACGUAGUCUGCCUGAUCUGGGCCACAUGCAAGUCCUACCAAUGCCCUGGGCGGCUCACGGUGCUGCUGCAGGAGAUCUGCAACCUUCUGGUCCAGCAGGCCUCUCGUUACCUCAGCCCAGAAGACCUCUUGAGAAGUGAAGUAGAAGAAAGUCAGAGAAAACUACAGGUGGUUGUGGACACCUUGAAAUUCUUCAAGCAGGUGUUUCAGGACAGAAGGGAGAAUCUCCAGUCUUACUUCAAAGAGAACCAGGAAGUCCGGGGGUGGGAUUUCCAGUCCUCUUUGGUCUUCAUGCGAUUGGAUGGCUUCCUGGGGCGACUGCACAUGGUGCAGGGGCUUCUGAAGACAACUUUGGAUUUCCACAAAUUGGUAAAGCUUGAGUUUAGUGGCAUCAGAGGGAAUGCCCUGAGCCAGCAGGCCCAGCAAAUGUACAGCGAGUUUGAAGAGAUAUACAGGGUCUUCUCAGAGUCUUCCUAUGACUACUUGGACCCCCAAAGCAUGCUGCUGGACAUAGCAGGAAACCUCCUGGAAAGACCGCUGGUAGCACAGGACGUGUCCGACAAAUACCUGGCGCUCAUUCGCAUGUUCAGCGAAGACCUGGAUGCUGUGAGGGUGAUCUACAGUCAGCGUGUCCAGGAGGAGGCAGAACUUGGGUUCUCCUCUGUGCACAAGAACAUGCCCACGGUGGCUGGGGGGCUCCGCUGGGCGCAGGAGCUGAGGCAGCGCAUCCAGGGACCCUUUGACAACUUCAGACGCAUGACACACCCGUACGAAAUGAGACUUUAUGAGGACUGGUGUCAAACAGUAUCAGAGAAGUCACAGUACAGCCUUUCCCAGCCGCUUCUGAAACGUGACCCAGAGACAAAGCAGAUCUCUGUCAACUUCAGCCCACAGCUGACCUCAGUGCUGAAAGAAAUGAGUUAUCUUCAGCCCAGGCAGAUGGAGCACAUCCCUGAGACAGCAGCCGCCAUGUUCUCCUCCAGGGACUUUUAUCGGCAGCUUGUGGCCAAUUUGGAGUUGAUGGCAGAUUGGUACAACAAGGUUACGAAAACUCUGCUAGAGGUGGAAUUUCCAUUAGUGGAGGAAGAGCUGCAAAAUAUUGAUCUCCGCCUGAGAGCUGCAGAGGAGACUCUGAGCUGGAAAACAGAAGAAUGUAAGGCAGGCGUCACCCCGAUAUUUGAAGCACAGCUGAGCUUAGCCAUCCCAGAAUUGGUCUUCUGUCCGUCUCUGGAGUCCGGAGUGAAGGGUGGCUUCUAUGACAUUGUUGAAGGUCUUGUCACCAGCAUUUUUAAGAUACCGUCCCUGGUGCCAAGGCUCUCCCCUCAGAACGACUCUCCCCACUAUCAGGUUGACCUGGAGGCCAUGGCCGAUCUGGCGGGCAUGCGGGGUGAGCUCAUGGAGAGGGUACAGAGCGUGAUGGCCCUCUGCUGCCGCUACCGGGACACCUUCAGCCGAUACUCCUACCUCUACUUGGAGGACCGGAAGGAGGUUCUGGGGCAGUUUCUCUUGUACGGGCGCGUCCUCACACCCGAGGAGGUCGAAACCCAUGCCGAGGACAGCAUCCCGGAGAACCCGCCCCUCCUCCAUCAGUUCAAAGCACAGAUCGACUCCUAUGAAAAGCUCCACGAAGAUGUGUGCAGGCUGGAGCCCAUCAAGGUGUUUGAUGGCUGGAUGAAGAUCGAUGUCCGACCCUUUAAAGCAUCUCUGCUGAAUACAAUUAAGAAGUGGAGCCUCAUGUUCAAACAGCAUCUUGUGGACUACGUCACUCACAGGUAA